CCUAACCUCGCCUAACCUCUCAACAGUUUCAGCAAGCGAUUACGUUCGACGUGCUCUGGCGUUUGACAUAUGCUACUAUCAUCAGAAUGGUCCUGUUGGAGAAUGACGCGUUCUUAGCGGAAUUAACUAAACUUUUCGACAAGUCGCGGCUUUCGGGCGCGGUGUCACUCACCAUCAAAAGAUUUAAUGGACACAAUAAACCUGUGCCUAGGAAAGGCAGACCUCCUUUACCAACUCCUACAGAAUAUCUUUGCUUAGUUCGAGCAUCGCUUCGUAAUAAAAAAAUCUCCACUAUUAUCCAUUCCAAGGAUGUGAAUAAAUUCCAACAAGCGUAUUGGAAUCUCUUGAAGACAAAUAUAAGUGGAUUGAAGAAGCUGAAGAAAACAAAAUCGGCGAAACCGAAAGUUCAUUGACCCAGCAAGGACUAACUGUGUGGCAGUUGUUUAUUUUUUUGUUAUUAAAGUUUUCAUAUUCUGUUCAUCACAUAUUUAUCAAUACUUGUCUAUUGUAUAAGCCGAUGAGGAAGACGCGUUUUAUGCAACAUUUUGUAUAGACUGAUGUAUAAAAGGUUAAUAAUACUGUUAUGGAAGUAUACACAUAUGCGGCCGAUAUAUAAUAUGCUAAUAUAGAAACAUUCCAUUUAAA